AAAACUGCAGUCUCUGUCCAGCUGGAACUUACAUUUAUAAUGAUGAAAACCACUGUCUGGAGUGUUUUGCAGGUGGCUUUUAUCAGGAUGAAAUGGGACAAAUUGAAUGUAAAAGAUGCAGUAAUGGUACAUUUGUUUCUGAACGGCGAAGUCCUGGAACCAAAGCUACCGACUGCGUGGCAUGUCCGUAUGGUACGAUCUCCAACGAGACUGCUGAAUAUCGUGCAUGCAGAUGCCUACACAACUUCUAUCGGCUGGAUCGUUUCGGCCCGUGCUCAGCAUGUCCACCAUACGGUUUUUUUUGUGAGAAAGAUACAGCAAUACUUGCUCCUAACUACUUCUGGGAAUGGACGGACCAUUGAUGGGAAAAGUUUCCUUGAGUUUGGCUGGAAUUUUUAA